AUGAGUGAAUGCGACCAAAAUACCAACACCUGUCCGAUCCCAUUCUCCCAGCGCCCGAUCAUCAUCCUAGGCGCCGGCAUCAUCGGAUGUGCCGCAGCUCGCCAGCUACUACUUCAAGGCUUUCACGUCACUCUCGUCGCGGAAUUCUUGCCUGGGGAUCAAGAUAUCAAUUACGCCUCGGCCUGGGCAGGUGCUGCCUGGCAUGCAGCAGGGAGCAUCACUCCCGAUCAGCGUUACCUUCAGGCUGUGACCCAUCGUGUGUUGCUUCAGAUGGCCCGGGAACCGGCAUCGGGGGUCAGUCUAGUCGAUUCUCGAGAGUACCUUGAACAAGAACCGACCCCCGAUUCCGCCCUUUGGGGGAGGACUGUCGUGUCCAGGUUCCGGAACUUGUCUCCAGAGGAAUAUCCAUCAGAGUUUGCCUGUGCCUGGGCGUAUGAGACACUUGUCACCGAUCCCACUCGCCACAUGCCCUAUCUGAAAAGACAGAUCCAGACGAUGGGCGGCCGUUUCAUCCGCCGCAAGGUCGAAUCACUGCACGAGCUAUACGGCAUGUUCCUAGACUCGCGGGUUUUCAUCAACGCCAGCGGGCUAGGCAGUAAGACUCUGGCAGAUGUCCAAGACGAUCGCUGUUUCCCCGAACGGGGCCAAAAUGUCUUUCUACGAACUGAUAAGUGCCAAACUAUGUACUUUCGCAAUGGGCAAGAGUAUACCUAUGUGAUUCCCCGGCCAUACUCGGGAGGUGUGGUAUUGGGUGGCGUCAAGCACCAAGAUAACCUGUCUCCCGAUGUCGAUCUCGAUAUUGCUCGAGAUGAAAUUGCCCGCGCACAUCGAUUAGCACCCGAUGUGGUCCCCGCAAACCCGCCCGAGGACGCGAUCAGUCAUAUCAUUGGCAUUCGUCCGUCUCGAAAAGGAGGAUUUCGACUUGACUCCGAGGUACAAGGUUCACGAACCCUCCUCUCGGCUUAUGGAUUUGGAGGCGGUGGAUAUGCUUUUUCAUAUGGCGUUGCGGACGCGUUGGUCAAGAUGGUGGAGCAGACUGAGCGCGACCAUGUCAUUGUUUAG